GACGCUCCUCCCCCCGGUGGGCGGAAGGGGACACGGAGGCCGGAAGCAGACAUGGCGGACUGGGGCCGAGGCCAGAACCCAAGUGCUGUGGAUGAGAUGAUAGAUAUGGAAAACAAGCGCAUGGCAGAAAACCUAACCACUAAAGUCACCAGGCUAAAAUCGCUUGCCCUGGACAUUGAUAAAGAUGCUGAGGAUCAAAAUCACUACGUGGAUGGGAUGGACACAGACUUCAUGAGUGUAACAGGUCUUCUGACAGGGAGUGUGAAACGGUUUUCCACCAUGACCCGUUCAGGAAGGGACAAUCGUAAACUCCUGUGUUAUGUCUCCGCUGGACUGGUUGUUGUCUUCUUCAUCCUUUAUUAUUUGGUGACCAGAGCACGGACUUGAGGAGGAAGAGUAAAGAUGCUAUACUGGAAUGUGUG